AUGUUCAACGUCUAUUUUAUUACCAUGUUACAUAAGAUGGCUACUUUCAAUCCGAACUUCAAGAUAAUACUGGUAUGGGUUAUAUUGUAGUAGAUUGUUUGUGUUUAUGUUGUUAUGCAAGAUGUAAUAUAUUAAGUGUUUAUUUUUGCUUUAACAUUAACUUAGAAAUCGUUUUUAAUGAAUAUAGUUGUAGGUUUCUUAUAAUAGCUCAUUUUAGACAGUAGUAACGCUGUCACAACUCAGUGUUACUGUAGUUCACCCAAUGGAGAACUUGUUGCCAACUUCAUGGUAUAGUGUGGAGAAUGGCCACUACAUACCAGCUAUAUUAUACUAUACAUUAACUUACGUUAUUUCGAUAACUUCUGGCUUCUUCUGUAACAAAUACCUGUUGAUAGCGAUAGAACGUACUGUAGCGUAUAAACAACGUCAUACUUAUGAACGUCAGGGUGCUCGACUGUCGAUAGUUUGCUUAAUGGCUACUGUAAGUAGUUUUGAUGAACAAAUUAAUGAAAUUUGUGAUGGUAAUUGAACUUUAGAUUUUAUAUAGUUUGAUGUUUGACAAGUGUAAAUAAGGUCUAAGGUAUUAUAUAUGUAAUAAUACAUCUUUCAGCUAUGUGGAGAAAUAGUUAUAGUACUGUUCAGAACGAAGUUGUUAUGGGCAAGUAGUGAAGGUAGAAACUUGGACUACAGGUUGAGACAUACCAUGGUAAUAGAGUCAAGUACAGUAGGAUUUUUCAUGUUUCACAAUACCGCGUCUAUUUCAACCGCAAUAGCUGUAUAUGUAAGCUUUAAUCGUAUCUUGUGAUAUAGUAAGGUAUAAUGUGCUGUAUAUUUGUUACAGGCUCUAAAUAUAAAAUAGUAAUGUAGUGCUAUUUUCAUACAUCUUAUUGUAUUUAGAUGUUUGUCAAGCUGUACAGGGAGGUAAAGCUCGCCAAGUUUCCCACUUCUGUUGCCGAAAGUUUUGAGAUAAAGCAUACGAAAGCAGUGUUACAGUAUGUUCGAAGGCUGGUGUCAGUAUUUGUGGCAUUAUUAAUAGCUUGUGGAACUGGUUUUGGAGGUCUGUUCUAUGCCAAGUUUGUGCUUGGAUAUCGUGAAGAAGAUCCGGAGUCGAAGGUUUUUGUUACGGUAAGGUCUUUUCUUGUAAAAUAAUCGUACUAAGAGUUACUCUUUCUCAUUUUUUAUUAUUUAUCUUUUUUACAUUUUUGAUUUACUAACGAAUAUAUUAUGUAAAGUAGCAGUUUCAGUUUAUAUUCAGCUGUGCUUGUAUCUACAACUUUGUAACGACCGUUUAUAUGAUAGUAGAGUUUCCUCAGCUAGCUAGAAUAAUGCAAAAUGAUAUGCCAUUUUUGUCUAUCUACAAUAAGGUCAGUCCUGUGCCUUCAGUUCAAGGUGAACAUGAAGCAGAGAUCUACUUUAAACAGUUGGCGGACUCGUGGAAGUAA